GGGUGUUGUGCUGCGUUCUUUAGUUAAAGAGGGGAUGAGGUAUAGUGUAUUGGAGAUACAGAAAUUGGAAUGUGUGGGGUAUAAAUUAUGUAGGAAUAGAGGUUACAUUGUUUAGGUCAUUUAUACAACCCCUGCAAACCUCUCAUGUUACCACAGUUUGAAGGGAUGGAUGGGAUGUAUAGGGAGGGGUGGGAAGGUCAUAUGGUGUGGUGAUAUUAAUGCCCAUAAUGAAAUAUGGGAAAGUCCGCAUGAAGAUAAUCAUGGGAACAUAGUUGAAGAAUGUAUGGAUUACAGGGGAUUAGUAUGUGUUAAUGAUGAGAGGGGGACGAGAAUCAAUGUACAGAGACAUACUUGGACUUGACAUUGGUAUCUGCGGCGGUGGCUGGGAGGUGUGAAUGGGAAGUGAUGAGAGAAUCCACGAUAGGGAGUGAUCAUUUUCCGGUUCGAUGUAAGGUCAAUAUGGGUGUGUGUAUGCAGAUUAACAUGAGGUAGUGCUUUGGUAGUGCUUUGAUAGGCCAUUGUGGAGGGAUUUGCAAAGGAUUUAAAUGGACGGUGAUCGAACGUUUCACUUUUUAGUUAAACAAAAUCUUUUUAAACGUUGUUCCGGAUGAACGAUACCUUCACCAAGUACAAGAAGGAGAAGAACGACAAAAUGCUGAACGAGCAGAACGUCAAGCUCCAAGAGCAUCUGUCUGAGGUCCCCUUCCAGAAGGCAAAGCUCUCCACACAGCUGGGGUUCGCCUCCAAGAGGUAUAAGAUGCUGCAGGAGAACCUGAACGGCUACAGGCGGGAAAUUGCCGAGCUGCACGAGAAGAGCCAGAAGAUGGCCGCCACGGCUCAGAAACACGAGCAGAACAUCCACACCAUGACCCAGGACCUCUGGGCUGCAUAUGAGAAACUGACCAUGUCAGAGCAGUCCAGACUGAACCAGGAGAAGGGGGCCAUGAUGGCUGAGCAGUGCAACCAAAACCUACUGCUGACCAACCUCAAAUCUAUCCAGCUGACGAUGGAGUGUACAGAGACAGAGACCAGGCAGUGUCUGAACAGCCAGAUAGAGAGACUGGAGAGAGAGCUCCCCCAGUUUAAGAAGAAACCGGCUAAGGAAGUAGAGCAGAGGCACAUGCUGGGCCGCAACCAAGAAGCUCAACUACUGGAGGCCAAGAAGCAGCUGGAGGCCCAGUGGUCUCUGUACCAGAAGACCAAGGAGCUGUUGAAUAACGCUGAGCUGCAAGCGAACCUACUGAGGCAGCAGCUCAGCCACACUGAGAAGCAGAAUCGGGGUCAAAACCAGGGCCUGCAGGGUCAGUGUUCAGGUCGGGGUCUAGGCCAGGGCCAGGGUCAGACCAGCUCCAGGGUUCCCAUCAGAGUGCCACUCCUAAAUCCCAGUCCCAGCCUCUACCUGUCCUUCAGCGAGGAGGGCAAGUCCCAGGAACAAAUCCUGGAGAUCAUCAGGUUUGUGCGUCGUGAGAAGGAGGUCGCAGAGACACAGUUCGAGGUGGCGACACUGCACUACAAACAACGAGUUGAACACCAGGACCGAGCGCUGAAGGAGCUACAGGAGAGCCUCAAUGCAGAGAGAGGAACAACUACGGCUCUGCUGUUUUGCGUUCGCGCAACAAACUCUCCUCUCCCCUGUUUCCCUCUCUGGGAGGGCCAGGAGGAGAACAAGAAGCUGCACUCUGAGAGGGAGGCCCACCUUAAACGCAUCCAGCAGCUCUCUGAGAUGGCCAGGUCAGACCAACGCGUCAGUGACCAGAGCCCGGUACAGAACAUGAGGGAGACCCUGUGCAAGGUGACCACCGAGAGGGAAGCUACCAAGAAGGAGCUGGACGCCAAGAACCUGGACAUCCAGGAGAAGGCCAAGACCAUCACGCAGGUCCAGCAGGCUCAACUGCAGGUCCAACAGGCUCAACUGCAGGUCCAGCAGGCUCAGCAGGCCUUGGACCAGGAGAUCCAGAGCCUGAAGAAGUCCCUCAGCCAGGCCGAGACCACAAUCAAAGACCUGGAGGGACAACUGGAGGACGUACAGAAGACGGUGAGUGAGCGCGACAUGGAGAUGGGGCGUCUGAAGCAGGAGGUGACCCGCCUCCCGGAGCAGUCUGCCCAGGCCCAGGGGGCGGUGACCGGGCUGAGACAGGAGGUGACCCGCCUCCCGACAAGCUCAACUGCCCAGCUCAACAUUGCAAAGGAGCAGCUGGCCAAGGAGGUGGAGGAUAUGAAGCUGCAGCGGGUGGAGCGUCUGAGCUCCCUCAAGUCCCGGUAUGAGGGCCGUCUCCACCUACAGGACCGAGAGAUAAGGGAACUCAAAGACCACCCCAUUUAA